CUUUUUAUAUAGGCCCUGCCUUCAGGGGGCGGGAGAGAUACUGUACAAACUCUAGGAAAUCAGCUCUCCCGUCCCAUGCGGUAGCGACGUAAUCAGGAGGGAACAGGGUUGACGCGCACCGCGCCACAGAGAGCUUUGGAUAUUGAUAAGCCUGUGACGAAGGAGCGGACAGCAAACUCCCAGUGUAUGCUACUACACUUGUGCAUGCUACUACACUUGUGCUGCGCUUAGAGGCGCACUGUGCGUUAUAAGGAUAGAAUAACCUCAUGUAGGCUACAACGCGUGGAAAAGGAACAUAAAAAGGGAUUUUCAUCAACUUGAAAAGUUUUGAUGUCUCGAGGGAUAACCUAGCAUUAGCCUAUAUUAAUGUGUAGCCUAUAAAUAACAUUUUACUAAUCUAGUCUAUAAUAUUGUUUGGAAGCUUUGUUUUAUGUAUGCAAGUAAUUUAAAUUGGUCAGAAGAUCUUUUUCUCGUUUCAUAGAUUUUUUUUUUUUAGGAUUAAUGUAAGAGGUUUAUUUUAAAGCCAUAGGCUAUAACAUUUGAUGUUUUAAUUUCACACCAGGACUUGUUGUGUGAUACCAAACUAUCUGAGACUAUUAUCCCGACUGCAGGAGAUCGUGUUUGGAACACACCACAAACAGUUCCUUGGGGAUUUAACACAUCAAUUCAAGAUGGACCAAAUCAUCUUUAAAAAAGUCGCCGUACUCCCCUAGUCCCCUGACAGUGGAAUUUCGAGCUCGGUGGACGUUCUAAGUGGGAAGCGUAUCAUUGAGUAGGCAACAAUUGCUAAUUGACUGGAUACUUUGCUGAGACAAACGUGGGUGUCCGUCUGCUCGCAACGCCAGGAGUUCCAAUUCCACAGAGCGAGCCGCUGUCCCUGCGCUUAGUGCUGAGGGAGAGACUCGUGCUGUUUCCAUAAAUGCUUGGUCUAUCGCGGAGAAUCCAGCCUGGGCAGCAAGAUGAGCUCGUGGGUUUGGGUUCAGCUGCUCGCGUUGUUUGCGACAUGUCUGCGGUCGGGCAGCGCAGAGGGGGAUCCUCUCCCUCCAGGUUUGGUGGAGCUGGUUAGGAGCAACCCUAUCUCUUCCAUAGAGGACCUGCAGCUGCUGCUGCUCAGUGACUCCGUAGAUGAGGAUGUUUCGGAAGAUUUUGUGCCCAGUGGACAACACUCUAACAACGCUAGCAACCGACUACCAAGGAGUCUGGACGCCCAGCCGGCUCAGCAGGCGCUAUGUAAGGUGAGGACAGAGGUGAUGGAGGUGACCCGUGCCAUGUUGGACCGCAGCAAUGCCAACUUCAUGUUGUGGCCUCCCUGUGUAGAGGUACAGCGAUGCUCCGGCUGCUGCAACACCAAGACGCUGCAGUGUGUCCCCGUGCUGAUGCACACCAGGCACCUACAGGUGAUGAAGAUCCAGUACGUGGAGAAGCGGCCCAACUACUCCAAGGCAGUUGUCUCGGUCCACGACCAUGUGGAGUGUCGCUGCCAGCCCGCCCCUCGCCCCCCGGCCGUCCCCAAGAAGAAGUCCACGCCCCGCAGACAGCAGAAAGACAACAAAGGAGAGGGGCAUCCAGCCAAGGCCAGAUCCAAGGAGGAGCUGCACCGCAGAGAUGAGCUGAAGCACAACCAGAGGAUCCAGCUGGAAGACCUGCUGGACCAGCACUGGAACCCCAAGGACACCUCCUCAGAUGCAGGGGAGGGGAAAGGGGGCUAUGGGCUAGACCAUGACAAGAUGGAUCCUCAGUGGGUACUUAACGCUACCAGCCAGCUGGGAGCUAAGGAGUGGACCGAACAUCGACAUCACGAUGACAUGGAGGAGGGGAGAGACAGUAGUAGUGUCAACGGCACUACAACCGCAAUGGACAUCGACAUGGCACAACUUGACCACGAGAAGAGCGAUGGGAUCGAGAUACGAGGGGACACACUAUUUAACAUUACUGAGGGUAAUGUCAGUAGGGGAGAUAGGCAGCAGGGAAGUCUGAGUCUCAGUGAGGAGGGAGACCAGGAGACACAGAGACAACCCACACAAACACAGAGUCCCUCGCUACGCACCAACACAUCAAAGCAACAGCAACAUGGGACCAACUCCUCCUCAGAGGAAACCAAAAGCAGAGAGGGAGCCAAUCAAAGAAUGGAACAGCGAUUCCAUCCUACGGAGGAAAUCAAUCAGAGGCCCGAGAGCAGAUUCCCUCCCCUUGAGGAAGCCGGUCAAAGACGUAAAGACAAUGAGACCCCUGAUUCAGAGAGGAGGCUCCAGCACGCUCUCCAACUGGAACAGGAGAAGCUGGAGGAGGAGAGGAAGGAGCUGUUGUUACUCCACAGGAGGCUGGACGAUGAGAAGGAGCACCUGAGACGGGAGCAACAGAAACAACAGCAAGAAGAAGAGGAGCAGAAGUACCCUCGGCCUAAUCAUAAACAUCAUCAAACUCAAACCACCACACAAAGAACAGGCGCAGUGUCGCCCAUUUCGACGCGAGCGCCCUCAGACCUGGCUCGUCCCCGGCCACCUGCUCGGCCCGGCCCACCUAGGAAGAGAAUGAGGAAGAACAACCGCAAGCGCAUCAGCAAGGCAGCAAUGAGAGCAAUGCUAAUGUAGAACCUACAAUCUCUCUGCAGGGAGUGAUGCUCUCAGUCUUUGUUUUGGACAAUCCAGUGGCGACACCGAGCAGUUAAUUCCUUUCUUAUGAGUUAAUAUUCAUGUGUCAGUAACCUGCCCAUCCUGUGACCGUGAGGUAUUUCCUAAUAGUACUAAUGAUUGUCUGGUGAACCCAAAACAACCCUUGGACGGAAAGAAAUAUGGGACAAGAAGAAUGGGAUGUAAAUACAUACAAGGUUGAGGUGAUCCAUCAACAUAUCUCUGAUCCAUCAAAAUAUUAUCUCCUAUUAACAACAAGAUGUUCCCCCAGUCGGAUCAAGAACAUUGGAACAGAUCAUUGGAACAACAUUAGGACUUUGGGAGAUAUUAUUGGAAUACUGGAAGAACGUUGGAACAUUCACAAGGAUGUUGGACUGUUACUGGACAGUGCUAUUGGACCUCCCUCAUGACUUUUCAACAGCGUAGUAAACCACUCCAGUCAGUAGAGAUCAAGUCGGUUAAAAACUCUUUGUAUGCUCAUCCGAGGCAUGGUUCAUUACAACUCCCACGAAGUGGACUGAUCACGCUUGUCAAGAAGACCAAGGAAGAGAGAGCAUUUUUAUGUCAGUCCAAAUCUCCCAUUUCCCUAUGAGCACAAGACGCUGAAAAUACGUGUUUUUGGUUGAAAAUAUAUUUCAAAAAUACAUAUUUCAAAAAUGUUGCUCACUGGGUUCUGACAUGGGAGAAGACAUUUUCUUUUUCCGACUAGAAAGAUACACUGGUAGAGGACCGGGAAAAUACCAUGGCGAGCAGAUAUUACAGGGACAAUGGGAAAGAAAUGAUGACAUUUAUAUGAGCUAGGACUGUUGAAAUGAGUGGUAGUCUUGACUGAUGCGAGCAGUAUCCCUACAUUGUACUUAAGCUGCUCUAUAUGUACUAUUCCCACACUAAGGGAGGGCAAUAGAACUACACAGCAAAGAUAUUACAUCUCUCAAUAGUUACACAAUGUAGAAUCUCGUUUUAUAUAAAGAUAUUUAAUUGUAUUUAAUUUGAUCUGAAACACUGGAAUUCCAUCAAAAAUAAUGCACAGGUUUGCAUUCCCAUGUUCAGCUAAGGCUUCCGCACUUCUUUCGGAGAGUGUGAUUAAAGAUGCAAGGUGCUAUACAGGGGUUGCAUUACACCUUUAUGUCUGUCUUUAACAUUAUUUAUUCCUUAUCACAUAGGUCUCCUGUGUUCAUUAUCAAUAGGAUUACUACAUAUGAAGCAUUUUGGGGGUUGAAUAUCGAUCCCUCUUCCGGUCUCAAUAUAAUUUGAGCUGUCAGCCAUUGUGCACACAGACCGUGGUCUAGAUUCAAUCAGAUCAAGCAUUAUCCGACGAUAGCAGACAGCCGCAUAGCGGAUGUUUUGGCGGUUUUAGAGGAGGAUUGGAGCCGUCAAAUUGGCUCAAAAUCAGAAAAUAAAGUGUAGUCUAUAUAGUAUAAUGCCGGGAGCCACUUACGGAAUUGACAGCCCUAAAUCGCCAAAACAACCGCUAUGCGGAUGUUGGCUAAAGCGAACGCGGAUCUGAUCGAAUUGAGCCCAAUGUAACUACAAUGAAAAGCUUUGAAAAGGGAAAAGGUGUUGUCUGUUGCCUGCCAUUCACUGUCUGUAUGAUAGACAAGUUAUGGUAAUGACUUUGUGUCGUUGUAUAACUUUGUGUGUCAGUGUGGGUGUGCAUGUGCGUGUCUGUGCUCACGCGUGUGUACAGUUUGCGCAUGUGUGCCCGUUUGAGUGUUAGAGUAUAUGUAAGUAAGUAUGUGAACAGAAUCAUAUUUAUGCGUUUGAUCACUAACACUCAUGAAUCCAUAAGUCAGAUAGUCCCUUAUUCACAAUGCUCAUUGCUAACCAGUCCUUGUCUGCAUAGGGAACAGCAGAGAAUCAGACCUUUUGUAUCCUGAGGCUGUGUUGCUUUAUUUAAUAAAGGCAGACAGACACAGCAAGGGUACUGGAAUAGGCGCCAUUGUCAUUUUUAACACAGAGAAUUAUGCACUACCGAAUACAGAAAUUGGGGCUUCUCUCGCUCUCUCUGUCAGUUUGUGAUAGCACACACAAACACGCCCCAGACUGAGACUGCAGUAUUGUGACCCAGCUAAAGCAGGGAUUGGUGAGAAAUCAUACAGUGUGACUGUGGGACAGUAAUCCUAGUUUUAACACCCCUUUGCUACAAAAUGUUGACAUUUAAUAUUGAUUUACAGUAAGUUGUCCUAAAAAAAAAAGGGUUCAAGCUUUGUUUAUUAGUAUCCUAUGGAUUUUACAAGGCCAUUUAGUAAAACUAUUUGGUGAAAAAUCUAACACUACAAUUUGAAGAGAAAAAAAGUGCCCUGAUAAAAUUAGCAUGGGUUAGAUGUGUCAAACAAAGAAGCUCAGUGCUUGUGUGCAGGUCACCUUUCAGGUAUAGUUUGCUCACUUCAAAUAACCUAACUACCAGCCAAACUUAUUUUAAAUAUUGAAAAUGUGGCAUAUUUCAUAAUGCCUUCUUUCAACUGUAAUUAGUUAUUUUCUGUUUUGUUUUGAAUUAUCAAAAAAUGAAUGUUGUGAUAAUUGCCACAUAAUUCUAUUUUGAUAUGAUUAUAAAAAACAUAUGUGAGAAAGUG